AUGAAAGGCGCCGUUAUGUUGGCGGCCAGCCAUCAAGAUAUUUGGACUUUUGAAUUCUUAAGUCGCUGUCGCUGGUCCGCCCCAGUCAGUGCGACGCUGAACGUUGAUCAGAUCAUGUGGCGGCAUUCGAAUUGUCUGUGUCUGCUCCUGCUGAGCCAACUAGCCUUUGCCCUGGCUGUCUACGAGCAGUGCAACCAUCAGCUGGAGCUGCAGGCUGGCCAGAAAAUCUACAUCAAUUCGCCCUACUAUCCUGGCCAAUAUCCGCCGGGCAGCUCCUGUCGCUAUGCGCUGCAAGCGCCCAAGGAUCAUGUGCUGCACUUCAAGUGCGAUCUCCAGCUGCAAACGCUGGUGAAGGACACGCGCUGUCGCGCUGAGGUGUUUCACUUCAAUGCCGAGGGCGAUGAGCUGUUGACGAGCUCCGAGUACUUCUGUGGCGUUGGCAAGUUUGAGCGGCAAAGUUUUCUGAAUCGUGCCGUGAUUUCGUACAUAUCGCAGCGAAAGGAGGUGCCAAAGUUAAGGGAUAAGCUUACCACAACGAGUACAACAACAACAACAACCACAACGACAGAGGCAGUCCCAUUGGAGCUGGAUGAGGAUGAGAAGGAGGCCAGCGAGCCGUAUGAAAAUGUUGCUGAUAAUGAUGAUGAUGCCGUUGAUUCUGAGGCUGAUGAUGAUGAUGAUAACUUUUCGAACGAGGUGCUGCACGUGCUGCAGGAUGUGGGCGUUAGCGAUGCCCUGGCUUACGUUGCCUCGCUGCUCUACGACGACUCCAACAAUGGUCGUCGAAUUGGCAGCACGCCCGCCUCAGCUAACUUGGCCCAGUUGCCAGGGGGGCGCACUGUACAGGCUUCCGCAAAACGUGCCAAAAUUCUGCCCAUUUAUCCGCUGGCCAGCCCGUCGGUGGCAGCGGCGGUGGGCGGUGGUGGACGCUUUUCGUGCCUCGUCGAAGCCUUAGCGCCUAAUUGCAACUGCGGCUGGAGUCUGACACAAAGAAUCGCCAGUCCAACAAACGACGAGGCUUCGCUGCACGAGUUUCCCUCCAUGGCCGGCGUGCUGACCAAGAAACAGGGCAAGGUCUUCUGCGGUGCAGCAAUCAUUCAUCAUCAUUAUUUGCUCUCGGCUGCCCACUGUUUCCUCAGUCCCGAGACGAGCCACGCCUCCCAGCUGCGCGUAGUGGUGGGCGAGCACGAUCUGUCGAGUGUCUACGAGACGUUUUACACACGCUUCUACGAUCUGGAUGCACUGAUACCACACGAGCAGUUCAGCCAAGCGAAUGGUCAGAUGAGGAACGAUAUCGCCCUCCUGCGCACCCGCACGCCCAUCCUCUUCAAUCGCAGCGUGGGCCCGGCCUGCCUGCCCCUGCAGCCCGCUGCGAAUGGCAAAAAGCUGCCGCUGGUGGGGCAGCAGCUGGUGGCUGCCGGCUGGGGCACCACAUCGUACGGCGGUCCACAGACGCACCGACUGCUGAAGACGACGCUGGACGUGAUCAGCGCCGAGCAGUGCCGCAACUCGCUUAGCCAGGGCUCUGUGCCGGCGCACAGCUUCUGCACCUACAGCCCCGGCCGGGACACGUGCCAAUACGACUCCGGCGGAGCGCUGUACGAGCGCAGCAACGGCCGCCUCAUGGCCGUUGGCAUUGUGAGCUACGGCUACGCCUGCGCCACGCUGCAGCCAUCGGUGAACACGCGCAUUGCCUCAUUCAUCAAGUGGAUCCGAGCCCAGACCCCAGAGGUGGCUUACUGCUUGAAGCAGAUAUAA